AUGCGUUACGAAGAUUGGGACAUUCUUCUGUUCCCGCAGAACUCCAAGGUACCAGUCAAGGAGUUCAAGGUAGCUUGCCAUGUUGUUCAUGAUCCAGCGCUGGACAGAGAGAGUAUUUGGCCGCACAUUGUAGCGCACAGCUUUGAUUUCUCGAAAAGUGGUGAUCUCGAACCCCUAAGCUUCCCUGGAUUUCGAGAAGAGCUUCUCCAACAAAACUACUGGAGCCCGGCUGACGACCUCGGCCGUAUAAAAUUAGUGUUGAGCGAAGGAUUUCCUCGUGAUUCUAUCACGACACCAAUUGAACGCGUGAAAAACAUUGUGGCUUUUUCGUUCCAGCACGCCCCAUUAGAGGUUUUGGAGAGCUCUUCUAUUGCCUGGCCGAACCCUUCCAUGUGGCGAAGAGCGCCAUUUGCUGCUUCUAUGCAAGUCCCUACGCUUCAGCCGGACGACUCUGAGUCCCAUGCCCAUUCACCCCAACGUCGAGUGAGCGGUUCUGACAAGUUGAACCGUGCCAUGAAUUCAUUCCAAGCGACUGGAGCGAGCUCUGCGCUUGUGUCUGGGGGAAGACGAGUAACGCAUCCUGUGUACGGACCCUGUUUUCAUUCAGCACAACAUGGGUUGGAUGCAUUCGGCAACGCCGGCUCAUAUUUUGAAUGGCUGAAUGGUAUGGAUGUGAGCAUGAGCGCGGGCGUAGGAGACCAUCACUGCAACAACCUGACGCGCACCUCCGUUGCACAGAGAAGCAAAAGGAGAACUAGCACUGAUGUCAGCAUGCCGGACUAUAUCCCCGUCAAGUCCGACAGCCAAUGCGCCGAACAGCAAAUGGCACCAGAAACUUUUCCCUGUGAGGAUGGGAGACAGAAUGCCCAACACAAGGUUCCGGCCAAUACUUCGACGGCCUCUGACAUUGGCUACAAAAGAGAGGGUAGGAUAUUUUAA